CAGGCAGGUCGUAGGAGAGGUGCUAGCAUCCUUUGCUUUGAUGAAAUACAGACAGUUGAUGUUUUUGCUAUUGUGGCAUUAUCUGGAAUUCUUAGUAGAUUGUUGAGUACUGGAACUGUUCUGGUGGCAACCAGUAAUCGUGCUCCAACGGACUUAAACCAGGAUGGUAUGCAAAAGGAGAUCUUUCAAAAGCUGCUAAAAAACCUUGAGAAGCAUUGUGAAACAGUUCUGAUAGGAAGUGAAGUUGAUUAUCGCCGCCUUAUUGCUCAGAGAUCUAUAGACCAGGUCCACUACAUUUGGCCUCUUAAUAGCAACACUAAACGAGAAUUUGAGGAUAUUUGGAAUAAGAUCAGUAAAGAGGUCAGAGGAAGCAUCACCUCACAGACUAUUCCUGUGAUGUUUGGAAGAACAUUGGAAGUUCCUGAGAGCUGCAACGGGGUGGCACGGUUCACCUUUGAGUAUCUCUGUGGUCGGCCGCUUGGAGCAGCAGAUUACAUUGCAGUGGCUAAAAACUAUCACACUGUUUUCAUUUCUGAUAUUCCGAUUAUGAGCAUGCGUAUCCGUGACAAGGCAAGAAGGUUUAUCACCCUCAUCGAUGAAUUGUACAAUCAUCAUUGCUGCCUAUAUUGCACUGCUGACUCUUCAGUAGAGGAUCUAUUUCAAGGAACAGAAGAAGGAACACUUUUUGAUUUGGAAAGUUUCCAGUUUGAGACAGAGAUGGAAGGUACAAAGCUCCGGCGAGAUGUUUUAGCAGAAGGCAAUGUUAGUUCAGGGGGUGCUCCAUCUGGCAUUACUUCCAUGCUAUCUGGUCAAGAGGAGAAGUUUGCAUUUCGACGAGCUGUCUCCCGCAUGAUUGAGAUGCAGACACCUUUAUACCUCGAAGCAGUUCAGCAUUUCCAUCCCUAUUUUGAUUCUGCGCACAGAGAGUUUGAAAACUAUAGUGCCAACUAAGGACAACGGCCUAUGUGAUUAGGUGUAUUUAUAAAAACUUUCUUGACAAUUUUUUUCCACCCUUCCAAUUGUCUUGUUCCUAGUUCUCUUUUGGGACAAGACAGGCUGUUCGAAGAGAAAAGAAAAGGAAGUCAGGGUGUGGCACAGACGUUAGGAUAAUCGUGUGAGAUUUCUCAUGAUUAAAUGGACAUAAUACCAGUGGCUAAUAUAUUUUCAGAUUACAAAGUUGAUUUCUUUGGUUAGCUAGAUCAAUAAGAAAGGAAACGUUUUUAGCCUUUUGCUGAUUAGCCAUCAAUUCCAGUUCCUCUUAACCAAGGAAAAUUGGAAACAUGAGAGAUCUUCAGAGCUUAGUGCUUUGAGUCUGCAGCAUUCCCAGAAUUUGAAAUGUAAUCUAUCGUCAGUUGAGUUUUGUGACAUUGCACAAUUGUGUCUUCUUUUUUCGCACCUGUAUGUUUCUUUUUUCCCCUUCUUUGGGAUGAACUAGAUGAAGACUUGUCAAUAGAGACGGGUUUCAUAGUA